AUGGACCUCUGUACACCUCACAAGGUCAUCUGACAAAAACGCAUGCAAAAUUGAUGUAUUCUGUAACGUGUUUUUAACAUGUUUCGAGAAUAGAUAAUAAUCUCAUCUUGGAUAUAAAUCUUUCAGUUUUGAUCUGCUAUCGUAUAGAGUUCUAGUCUCGCUUAGAUUGUUUGGUUUUUAUCUAGCAAUAAUUUGCGGGAGUGAUUGAGGGUACUGCAGCAAAUAUUCUGUGAAAUAUUAAUCAAAUUUCACAAGUAUUGUGUUGAGUAUUCUACACACAAUAUUGAUGAAAAAUUAGUAUUGUACAGUGAAUAAUAAUAUUUUGCAUUGAUCUACGGUAGCCUAUUCUGUGAGUAAAUCAAAUCAGUUCCAAUCAAAUCUUGAUAUUGUUAAUCAAUAACAAUAUUUUGAGUGGACUAUCGAUGAGUUAAUUGAACUGUAGGCUGGUGGGUUAAUCUCAAAAUUUUGAACAAAUCACGAUAUUUGUUGAAUAGUUUGAGUGCAGUGUCGUCAUGAGGUAUUUUUGGAUAUAAAAUCAUCGUGGGUUUAACUAUUGGAUUGGUACUUCUUAGCACCAGUAGCUGUCAGCAAAUAACUAGAACCUCGGCAGACAGGAUCAGUUCAGCCGGCUUCACACCGGAAGUGCACAAAGUGGCAACACUGGAUGGAUAUGUGCUGACACUAUUCCGCAUUGUGACGUCAUCAAGUAAUAAGACCAUAGAUCAGCAGCGCAAUCAUCCAGUGCUGAUUCAGCAUGGUUUGCUCAUGUCGUCUGAUUGCUUCCUCGUUGAUACCGAUGGAUUAGGUUUUGUACUAGCUCGAGACAACUGGGAUGUGUGGCUUGGGAAUAUUAGAGGAAAUUAUUACAGUAGAGCACAUAACAGAAUAUCACCUAACAGCUCUGAGUUUUGGAACUACAGUUGGCACGACAUGGGCCAGAAAGAUAUAACCGCCAUGAUUGAUUACAUACUCAAUAAAACUGGAAAACCGCAACUGAACUACAUCGGCCACUCAAUGGGAACCACAAUGUUCUAUGUGAUGGCAUCCACUAUGCCCAGCUACAACAAGAAGAUCAACACCAUGAUAAGUUUGGCUCCAAUCGGCAGAAUGACUAAAUGGAACUUUGUACUCAAUAACUCGACUUACAUUUACCAGUACACACAUGAUUACACUAUGAAAAAUAUUCGCCAAAAAAAGGUUGAAGUUCUGCCUAGAGGAGAGUUUAAAGGAAUGUCCAAGCAUCAAAUUCUAAUGGAAGAUUUGGACACCUACUUCAGGACUACAUUUGAGAUUGUAACUUGGUUUGUUAAUUCAGUGACUGGUGAAGACAUAUUUCCAGACGGUACUUCUACCAGAAACUUACUACAUUAUCUUCAAAAUAUUGGAUCAGGAACAUUUCAAAGGUUUGAUUACGGUUCACGUGAGAGGAACAUGAAGGCUUGGGGACAUGAAGCUCCAACACCAUACAAUUUAAACAACAUUAAAGCGCCUGUAGCCGUGUUUUACGCAGUAGCAGAUGAAUUCGCGUCCGAAAAAGACGCGGAGUAUAUGAUUUCAAAAUUGCCAAACGUUGUGAUGAAAAUGAAAAUUUCAGCUAUGCGAUUUGGACACGGUGAUUUCUGCUUCACUACUGCCAAAGAGAACCUCAGCAUGCGUCGAAAGAUGCACGCCUCCAUUUUGAAUCUAUUGAAACAGCGAGAUGAACAAAGUGUUGCCAAAAAAUCUUGUCAGAACAAGAAAGAUUGUGAUCCAAAAUCGUAACUUUAUUGUCCGAAAAAUCUGGGAAAAUUCAGUGAAAUUCGAGAUUUAGGCCUGUAUUUCAAUUUUAUUUUCACUAAAAUAAGUACCGUAGGUCUAUGUUGCAAUUUUUAUAAUGCCUGAUGAAACAAGAAUAAAUCAUAGGGAUUCACAAUCAUAACGUUGUCAAGAAAUAAUCUGGGAAAUCUCAAUAACUUUUGAGGUUUCAGCCUGCAUUUCAAAAUUGUAGGUUCACUGAAAUAAGUGGGCUACAACGUCUAUCAAAACUAGAUUAUUUUGUAAUGUAAGGACACAAGGAAUGAUCCUAUAGUGAGGUCCACGUUAUAGUGGCAGUGAAGAAAGAUAGGAAAACAACGUUGCCGAUCCUCAGUUUUGCAAUG